AGAACAACGUUAAAAUGUGUUUUAGGUGAGUAAGGAAGAAGACACGGUGGUAUGUGUCAGCACCAAGAUGCUUAUAAAAUAUAGUCACCAUUACAAACAUUUGCUGAAAAAAGGGGUUUUGGAAAAUCAAUUCUAGUGUUCCUGUCUCUCGACUUUUCUUAGUCUUGCUUAGAGAAAGAGAAAGGGGAAGAUUCAUUCUUUCAUAUCUUAAUUUUGAACUUUUAAACAACAAAAAUAGUGUAUAAAUUGGGAUCUUCUACUUCAGAUCAAUAGACAAAAUGUUAGAAGGAAAAGGUGUGAUUGAAGAUACAGAUAUGCCAGUGAAGAUGCAGAUCCAGGCUAUGCGUUGGGCUUCUCAAGCUUUGGAUGUUUAUGAUGUUUUGCACUACAGAUCCAUUGCUGCUCAUAUUAAGAAGGAGUUUGACAAGAAAUAUGGGGGUGGCUGGCAGUGUGUGGUGGGAUCAAAAUUUGGAUGUUUCUUCACUCAUACUAAAGGAACAUUUAUCUAUUUCACCUUGGAGACUCUUAACUUCCUCAUCUUCAAAGGAGCCACUUCUACUUAAUGAGCUUUUGAUUGUGAAAACAGGACUUGUAAUUACUCUUUAGCUUAAAUUUUUCAUUGCUAUGACUUGUGGGAAUUUGUAAUUUUUUUAGCCAAUUUCCGCAUGCACCAGAUGCAAGCUAGUAGUUUAUAUUGCACAAGUUAAAUGAGAUGAAUAUGGGCAUAUCUUGUUUCCCUUAUUAAACUCAUGCCCAUUGUAUCAAAGAGCUUUCUCAAUACAUAUCAAGGAGAAAUUUUUGAAUCCUUAAAGAGGA